UCUAGAAACGAAAGAAUCUCUAAAAUUAACAGUCAUAUUAUUGCUUCAAAAUUUCCUAACAUUCAAAUAACCAAGCUUGAUGAACCAGUUACCAUUUCAUUCAAUUUAAAAUAUAAGAAUGCCACCAACCCACAGUGUGUUUACUGGGAUGAGACCCCUGGGCAGGAUCCUCAUUGGUCAACAAAAGGCUGCAAUGCACACAAAUAUGUACCAGGAGAGAAAGUACUUUGUUUCUGCAACCAUCUUACAAGUUUUGCACUAUUAAUGGACGUCUACCAAAAUGAAGGAAAUGUAAAGAAUACUCAACUCUUAUCUAUUAUAUCAAACGUCGGCUGUGGAAUAUCAUUUGUCUUUCUCAUUCUUACAGUAAUAGUCCAUGUUUAUUUCAAGAAGUUGUGGAAAUUAAUGGCUUCAAAGAUUUUAGUAAACUUGUGCAUUUCUUUGGCUGUCACUAAUCUUAUCUUCCUUAUUGGAAUGCAAGUAUACAUCGCGAAAAUAACGGCUGUUUGUAAGGCAGUGGCUGCUCUGUUACACUACUUCCUUUUGACAACUGUCAUGUGGAUGACUGUAGAAGCAGUUCACGUUUGUCUGUCAGUGAUUGUUGUAUUCAAAGCAUACAAGGAAUAUAUUUUGAUGAGGAGUUCCAUUUGUGCUUGGUGUCUUCCAGCAGGCAUUGUCGUACUCACUCUGGCAACCAAUCAUACAAACAAUUACAUAAGAAUUGCACAAGUCUGUUGGUUAUCCAAGACAUCUUUCUACGCUGCUUUUCUGUCUUCUGUGUCAAUCUUUCUCAUAAUCAACCUUUCAAUAUUUUUUCUCAUUAUCUGGCGUCUUAUCUUAAUGAAAAAUAAGAAGGAAUUUGAACACAAAGCAAGAAAAGUACGUGUUUUUGGUAUCAUUGGUCUUUUUUUCCUCUUUGGAAUAUGCCUGACUUUAGCAUUCUUCGCGUUUGGCGGAGCGGCCGAAAUGUUUAAAUUUCUUUUUGUCAUCUUCAAUACACUACAAGGAUCGUUUAUCUUCAUGUUCUAUUGUGUGUACAAGAAAGAUACUAGAGAUGUCAUCAGAAAGUAUAUCUAUGAACGAAAGAGAAUGAAUUUGUGGAAUGUUACCACGAGCAGAGGUCCAAGCUCUGCUAAUGAAACGAAUAAAACAGGAGACACGAAGUUUUAAAUGAAAAUUCAAGAAAUGUUUUCAAGAAUCGUCUAUGAAUAUAUUUUUCAUCUUAAACUAAAUUUACUUAUAUAACAUUAAACAUUAUACCUUUUAAAUAAAUUACUUUUUGUACUUAUCAAUACAACAGCAUGCAACCGAGAGACUAUAAUCCACAAUCUUAUUUUAACAAGCUUCACUGCCAGACUAUUGUCUGAAUAUUAUACUCUUUACCUACUUAUUUUAUGUUAUUUUGAAUUGAAAGUGUAGGAUUGACUUUUUGUUUUAUCUAUAUUUGUUCCUCCAUAAAACACACCACCAAGUUGAUGUGGAGAUAUGACCUUUUUGGUGUGUUUUUCCUUUUUUGUAUUUUCCUUCUUCCUUUGUUUAUAUAUGACGAGUCGCAAGAAACUUCCGACAAUCGAAUGGAAUAUUUUCAUUGGUGUAAAACAGUACAUGUAUUUCAAGUUUAAAAUAUUAACAGUGAUCUUAAGCAGUAUUUUAUGAAUAUGGAAAUUUGUUAUCCAAUGAACGUAUGGGGUACAGGAACAUG